AAGCGCGAAGGCGGGAUCGCGAACCCGGAAAUGCCGGGGUGUCUCUGGCCGGGACGCACCGGUUAUAAACAAGUGUAUUUCUGUGCAGUGGGACGGUCAUGGCCUGCGGCGGGGGUCUGCUGAGAUGGGCUCGAAUGGUGAAUUUUGGCUUGUCUGCAAGGCUGCUGCAGCCAGAUAAGCGCCACCAAACCUGCGCUGUGACUGCCGGCAUGAACAGGAAAGGCCUGUCCAGCGAACCCCCAGAAAGCAUCAGCAGGUAUCCCAUUCCAUACAAGAAGGACCUGCCUUACGACAUCGUCGAGCUGAUGGAGGAGGUGGAGACAAAGGGAGGUUUCCUGCCCAAUGUUUUCAAGGUGUUGGCGCACCGACCCUCAGAGUUCCGCGCUUUCUUUGCUUAUUACAACGCACUGAUGAACAAAGACACAGGUCGGCUGACGAAGGCGGACCGGGAGCUGAUCGUGGUGGCCAGCAGCAUUCACAACCGCUGCCUGUAUUGUGUCGUUUCCCACAGUGCACUUCACCGCAUCUACUCCAAGAACCCCACCCUGGCCGACCAGGUGAUCGUGAACCACGAGACGGCGGACCUGAGCCCCCGCCAACACGCCAUGCUGGACUUUGCCCUGGCCGUGUGCCGCUCUGACAACAUCUCCGACGACGACUUCCGGCGGCUGGAGGCCCACGGCUUCGACCGCGAAGACGCCUGGGAUAUCGGCGCCAUCGCCGCCUUCUUCGCCAUGUCCAAUCGGCUGGCUCACUUCACCGGCAUGCGGCCCAACGCGGAGUUCUAUGGCAUGGGCCGGACGCCGCGGGACAAGGCCCAGAGCGGCGAGGAGGACUCCGGGUAGCUGGCAAUGCACUGGGCGACCUUGGGUUCGGUCCCGAUCCAGUUUACAUGUAAACUCCACGCAAAAGCCUUGAUUUGAAUGUAGAUCCGACUUGCUUGAAAUUAGCAAUGACCGAGUUUUUCUCAGCCAAGGAUGACCUGAGGGCAUGAAGAUACUUGCUGGUCUCAGAAUUUACUGUAGAAAGUGUUUGUGUCUCCAUAAUACUGUAGAUUACUUUAAAAUUGUAAUAUAACAUACAGUAUGUAAUAUAUCAGAAAUGCUUAUUUUUAAUAACAGUAUAUGGAUAUAUAUGUAGUGAUUUUGUACACCUUGAAGUUAAAGCCACCGUAAUGCUGUAAUUUUAUUCUGGUGAGAUUAAAAAUGAAGUAUCAGAGUGUGAUUUGAGUAAAAGUUACAGUUCGUACUCUUUAAUUCUGUUAGAUGACUGACAUUCUCACACAACUUUUUUUUUUGUCUGAGACGCUAUGCACUAUUUAUAUGUGAAGUAACACCAGUUUUGUUAAUUUUAAAUAUAUUGUUAAAUAAAUAUGAUCUUUGCAA